GAUUUAUUAUGGGUCGGUCUAAAUCACAGAGCACCGUGUGAUUUCCUUACACAAGCAGAUUUUUAUUGAGUAUUUUCAUUUUUUUGUCGUUUUAUUGAACAAAAGAAAUAAAAAGAAAAAGAAAUUGUAACAAAUAAAAACACCGACUGAUUCGGAUUAUAAUGGUCAUCAAGGUUUACGUCGCCUCCUCAAGUGGCUCUGUCGCGGUGAAAAAACAUCAGCAGGCGGUGGUGGGGUUUCUGGAGGCCAAUCGAAUCAACUUCCAGGAAGUAGACAUUACCAUGAUGGAGGAGCAGAGGCUCUGGAUGUACCGCAACAUCCCCAGGGACAAGCAGCCAGAGAGAGGCAACCCGCUGCCGCCACAGAUCUUCAACGAGGAUCACUACUGUGGUGAUUAUGAAGACUUCUUCCAGUCGAAGGAGAACAACACUGUGUUUACGUUCCUCGGGCUCAGCUCCAAACCUAAUGUGAAAGCUGCGGAGUCUUAGAUCAAACUGCCAGCUGGAGUCGUCCGUGCUGAACUUCCUGCUUCGCGUCACCUCAUUUCUGAUGAUUCUCCUUCGACACUGCCAGCAUUUUGUGGAACGGAUCAUCUCUUUCUGACCUCACCUGGUUUCUCUGGAGCGACGGGGACUUGAACCCCGCAGGACUGACUUUGAGAUGGUUGCGUUUUGUUGUAAUGCCUGACCCGCUGCAGCAGAUAUGCUGUGCAAGCCAGAGACCCACGUAGCAGCUUUCGCACCAGUGCCCUUUUUGAAAAUCUAAAUGCAGUGGAUGAGAGGAUCAUGUGCUGCUUUAUUCACCUGAUUACACACUUCCUGGUGUGUGUGUGUGCAUUUUCAGUUAGCUGGUAUUACAGUCGGUUAUGUGAGGAUACUUAUUGUAAUAUAAUGCUGUAUAAGCAAGGACUUUGUUGCUUUGGUGCUCGACUAUUUGUGUGUAUGGGACCAAAAACUAAAAAUAUUCUGUUUAAAUAGCAACGACUGCCAGCAUACAUUGUAGCCACAUGUAUCUAAUCAAAGUGUGCUUUAAUGCCAAAUAGUUUCAGUCAAGUAUAUUAUAUUAUUUGUAAAUGUUUCGAUGAUAACUCCAUUUAUCCCUCAACACUUUCCCACACUGUGAUGGUGGCCCCCAAACACCAGGUUUGCAGUGCAGUAGAUGUGUCAGGUCUCUUUACACUGCAGAAUGUCAAGACAAACAUGCUAAAGAACAAAUAUUUGUUUUCCAUGUUAUGAGAAAUAUGUCCAAACUUUUCUUUACUUUUUCAGUUUGUUUUUUUGUGCUUUCACCUUGCAUCACCAGGUAGUUACGCCACAUCAAGUCACCUCCACUGUUUUGUAAUCACAUGAUCAAAAACAAUUAUUGUUUUGCCGAUUUGACUCCUUUCUAUCUUGACAAAUUGUGAUAUUGUUGUAUUUUUAAGAAGUAUGUUUGACCACAAAAGAAGAAAAAAAGUACUUCACCUUUCUGCCUACUUAUACUUCUUAAGCUAAUAAAAUUGUACUCGGUAGCACAAUACUUUGUGAAUUGCAUCAACUUAUGUUGCUUCUUUGUUUUGUUGUGGGCAUGUUAUAAAACUAAUUCUUUCAAAA